AUGAAAGAUGAUGGAAAAGGUGACUCUCCAUUGUCUCAUGCAUCACUGGAUGGGAAUAUCAACACUGUUGAUUAUCUACUGGGAAAAGGUGCUAAUCCUAAUACACGCAACACCUACGGUGCUACUCCUCUGCAUUAUGCUGCUCAAUAUGGAUACACAGAGAUACUCACCAGAUUGCUUUCCAGAGGUGUCAAUGUAAAUGGUUCUUGUGAAGAUGGCACACUGACACCCCUAGGAGUGGCUGGUGCUACAUUGUCACCUCUAGAUGUGGCUGCUAAUAAUGGCCAACUCGAGGCGAUACGAGUUUUGUUGGAUCACAAUGCAGAUCCUAAUUUGAUGUUUUGCCGUUCAUAUACAUCACUGGCGGUAUCUAUUAAAUCUGGUCUGCCCCAAUCAUUACAAUGCGUCGAGCUUUUACUUGAGGCUGGUGCUGACCCGGAUGGUGGAUCGUAUGGAGUAACACCUCUAAUAGUUGCAACAUGUAAAGGGCUAACAGAAAUCAUCAGGCGCUUAAUUCAAGCUGGUGCUAAUCCUGAUGUUACAAAUUCUUUUGGACACACGCCAUUAGAAAUUGCCGCAGUCAAAGGUCAUCAUCAUGAUGUUGAGAUUCUUUUCCUUGUUACUUCUCGUAUUCCGAGAUAUAUCGACUGGAGCGUUGGUGGAGUAAUUACACAUGUACAAUGUGAUCAAGCUAAGAAACAGUGGAAGCUGAAAGCCAAGGAGAAGUUUCAGGAGGUAAAGGUAAAAGGCACAGAAGCAUUUAAGGAACAUGAUUAUUAUAAGGCAUUAUAUUGGUACUCACAGGCAAGCGAAAUUGAUCCGUAUGACGCAAAUGUACUUUCUAACCGGAGUAUGUGUUGGGCCCGUUUGAAAGAUGGCGAGUCGGCUUUAGGAACUGCCCAAGCAUGCAUAUUGCUAAGGCCAGAUCGGCCUAAGGCAUACUAUCGGGAUGGUGUAGCGUACAACUUACUAAAAAGAUACAGUCGUGCGCAAGAAGCCUUCCUCGAAGGUUUGAAGUUGAGUCCUAAUAACCAAGAGCUUAAAGAUGCAUUCAGGGAAGCUGUUGAAGCUCAGUUGAACACUGCAUGA